AUGUUAACGACUACCAAGCGCGCAACGAUUAUUGCGCUGUGGUUGGUGUGCUGUUACUACGACCAAGCGGCCUCCAACGAACACAGUCACGUGCGGACAAAGAGCUCAACACGCUUGCAGAAGACCCAAGACCUAACGUCCGGCAUGCCCUUGGUGAACGUGGUGGCCGGUUCAGCGACCGUUAGCGGUGAAAGAUCGUUGGACACCGACACCUAUGCCGAUCCCGACACCGACGCUGACAUUGACACCGACACUGAUACAGACACCGACACCGACAUCGACACCGACACCAACAUCGACACAGACACUGACAAGCUCACCAUCAUCAAAUCGUCAAACAUGAACACUGGCAGCGGCGGAGGCGGCAUUGGCGGUCUGCGAGAUUUGUUGUUCCGGAAACCAAACAAAAUUUUCAAGAGUCUCAUGCGGACUAGCGUAAGGGUCGUGCAGCGCGGAAUGAACGCGUUUCAGGGGGUGUCAAACAAAGUGUACCACGUGGCCCGGAAACAGAUCGGUGUAAAGCGUAACAGCGGCUCUUCGUCGGCGUCCACGAGUAAAUCGGACGAGGGUGGCGAUGGAGACCGGACACCGGCCAAGCGACAAGCGGUCACCGAGAAAAAGCCGACCGGCUUUGUCAAGAGGGUGGCCAAAAUGCUUGACACAGGGAUCGCGGGCAUUGAACAGGUCACCGACCUGGGUAUGCUGUUGGGAAACAUAGGCACGCACAAGCUAUUGUCCAAGCUGGACGGCAAGAGCGGCAACCAGGAAAUAUUCAAAAUGCUUAUCAAAUUCGUCGGUACCAAAGUUGGCAGAGGAGCCAAAGGCAAUGUGACUCAGUUCAUCAACGAUGUGGGUAAGGUAUCGACUUUCGUAGCCACAGACGACGAGCUCACCAAUUCGAUAUCCACGAUAAUGGAAAAGUUAAUGAGUAACCCCAAAGUGAGCGCAGCCAUGGUGCGUUUGGUGCUCACCGUUUUGGACGGCAGUCCGUCCACGUCAUGCUUGCUAGACCAAUUGCCGUUGUCUCCCCAAGAUGUGCGGAUGGUGUUUGAUGUAUUCGUGGGCAGCAACGGACAGAUGAUGUUGAAAACCAUUGCGGGGCUGGUGUCAGACUUGACCACGGGACCAGAUACGAAAGCGUUUUUGGAAUCGGCCUUGGGCAUGAUGUCCAUGUUCAAAAGUGACACUUCAGUACCAGCCGGCGCUGGUAAUUCGGAGAAGCCGACGUCUAUUGUUGGUUCACUGACUGAUUUCUUUACGGGUGGUGACGAAAAUGAAGAAGAUGAUAUUGAAGAUUACACCACUGAAAAUACUAAGCCAUCGAUAAAGGUCAAUAACAUAAAAAAAGGCAGCAGUGGUAAUGUAUCGAAACCAUCUGUGAAAACAUCAGCCAAACGUAAGCCCAACGAUGACGAUUGGUUUAGUAAAACCGAAACUACGAUCGAAUCACCAAAUAAAAAACCCAAACCUAACGAAGACGAUUGGUUCAGCAAGACCGGAACCACAACUAAUUCGUUACCAAAAAAACCAGCCAACCCCAAAUCAGACGAUUGGUUCGAGACCAGUCCCGCCAAUGGUGUCAGUAAAAAAAAAAAUCAAGUCAUUAAGAAAGUAGAGACCGAUGAUAGUGACAGCACAGGCUUUAGUGAUGAAUUAAAAAUCAAAAAACCCAAACCAAUAAGUAUAAAGACAGACACAACUAUUGUUGCCAAAAUGUCAAACUCUGCAGAUGAUGAUGACGGUUCAUUCAUAGAGGAAGAUGACUAA